GAAGCAUUUGGUGAAUCAAACUAGAGAAAUGGCUGUUAUUGGAGAUACUUGUAAGCGAUGCAAAAGAGAGCCUACUACUCUGGCUUCGAGGAAUGAUACAUUUUGUGAAAAUUGUUUUAUCCGGUUUAUCAGAGGAAAGCAGAGGAAGCAGAUGCAACAUGAAAAAUUCAAAGUCAAAUUCAGUGACAAGGAAGAAAGAGUCCGUGUAUUGUUUGCUAUGAAUAAUGAUCAUCAAUCAUAUGUUUUGUUUGAUAUCCUCGUUUCUAUGCUGGCAGAACAGCUUACUCAGGGGCCUAAAGCAAUGAGGGGAUUUGAUUUGGUUGUCUGUGUGAUCAACGAUGGCAUGCCAAUAGACAUUUCCAAAAUCAUCGAGCAUUACACUACAGUAGAGAUAAAUAGGUUGGGAGUAGAGUUCGUUAAUGUUAAUUGCGAUUCUUAUGUGCAGAAAGGAAACAUUGAGCGCCUCAAACUGAAUCAACAGACAAUGCAAACAUACGUUGUACCAGACACUCGAGAUAAGCAACUCACUUGCGAACAACUAUUGGAGCAAAUCGUAGACAAAUCUACAAGGGAAGACCUAAUCCAUAUUAUUUAUGAGGACAUCUGGUUACAGGCAGCCCAAGAAAAGAAAUGCACUGUAUUGAUCAAGUCUGAUUCAAUGACACAGAUGGCGGUGGAUAUCUUAUCGGACACCAUAAGGGGACGAGGCUCGGAGAUUCCGUUGAAAACACAAGAUAUGCUUAUUGGAGACGUAGAAGUGAUCCAUCCCCUACGAGAUAUUCUGAACUCUGAAGUGAAAAUGUACUCAAAAGCUCUGUCACUUAAUAAUCUAUCUUCUGUUCUACAACAAAACAAAUCAAUAUCUGACGUUUCCACCAAAAAUAAAACAGUUGGAGAAUUGGUGAAUGAGUAUUUUGCAUCCCUAGAGGUUGAGUACCCGGAAACCGUCUCAACUGUAGUAAAAAUCGGAGCAAAACUGGGAAAUUCUUCUGACUCCCUACAAGUUCAGCUUUGCAAAAUUUGUAAAGUGCCAAUAUACCACAAUCCGAAGCAAUGGAUUGAGCAGAUAACUGUACCUGGAAGUGUUCCACCUCAGACAGAAGAGGAGUUUGCCAAUUUCCAAAGAUAUCUAGAUUCCAUCAAUAGUAUUGAAAACCAGGUGGAUACCGAUAAUGACUCCAAUAAACCAGAAGAGAUUAAUAUGUGCUACGGAUGCAUGGUUACCCUUAGAGUAUCGAAUGUUUCUGAACUGCAAUGGCCUUGCAGGCCAACAGAUAAACAAAUUCUUUCAGAGUAUGUUCUUGAUGACGAUAAUUAGGAAUGCAAUAUGUAUAAUAUAGGUAAAAAAACAUGAUGGAGAAAAUACGAUAAGCAUUCUCACCCUGCCAACUAAUUUUUCAGCGUGAGGAGAAUGCCUACACGGCACUUAACAUUUUCUCCAAUGUGACUAUUUGCAUUGUGGAUGUAUCUAAAAUUGUGUAAACGAUAAUAUUUUCAAUUGGUAG